AUGGUGAUAGGUUUGACUUUCCAGCGCGCCUAUGUCACCUUACUGCAGCAGGAAUCAGCCUACAAAGGUAGCACGUUCUACAAAUCGGAGGACCCUGACAACAACUAUAAAUGGACAUUUGGCAGCGCGUUCUUCUUCUCCAUGAAUGUGUACACGACAACGGGUUACGGUUCUAUCGCUCCUGAAUCCAUCGCUGGUAGAUCAUGUGUGAUGGUUUAUGGAUUCCUAUUUGUCCCGCUGACCCUGGUUGUGCUACGAGACCUCGGUCAAUGGGCGCUCGUCCACACCACCAAAGUCUACGCUCGCUUGCUGAUCAUGUUCAGAAGAGCUCGUGGUUAUGAGGAAACCAAAGACGAUGAGUUGAUCUCACUACCAAUCAAAUUCUGCAUGUUCCUUAUGUUGGCCUAUUUAUUGUUUGCUAGUUUAUUCAUAUACGAGUAUGAUGCGCUGUCAGGACCUCCUGGUUCGGGCAUUGAUUUCUUUCAUUCGUUCUACUUCUCUUUCAUAUCGAUGACAACAAUUGGACUCGGAGAUAUCAUGCCAAGUAACGUAACGUUUGCUCCUAUUAUUACGGUAUUAUUCUUCUUCGGUAUGCCAAUACUCAAAGUCAUUGGCAACAGGAGCACAUUAUCUGCGUUGGUUGAGAAAUUGGAGGUUCGUUCUCCUUUAGGAACAUUGACAGUGUUCGAAAAUCGGCUCGACAGUUGCUGGACGGGCGUUCAACCGAAUGACACGGAGGUCUGUCCGAUAGAACUUUCUCACGAUCUCGGCCUUACCUUCCUUGUUCUCAAAAAUGAAAUUUUCAGGCUCAGCCAGGUAUCACCUCGUCCUUCCAUACGAAGUCGGCGAAGUGGCAGUGAAGCCCGAGAUGGUGACUCUUCUGACGAGGAGACCGGAGCCAAUCAAAUGCUGAACAACUUCACUAUUCGCUCCAUCGCGACGUUCAUGCGAUCGCAUUCGGACGUCUACGGUGGCGAUUUCGGUCGUGUGAAUCUGAGGCGAGGAGACCUGCUGCCUCACAACCACGACACCGUCCGUUCGAUGUCAUCAGCUACACGUCGCAACACGGAACAGACACAAACACCUCGCUAG